UUAGCAAAGUAGAAGAAUCCUAUAAUCCCUCUCCUCUUCCCAUUUCUCUCUCUCUCUGUUUCUCUCCUCCACGUCUUUUUUGGAUAGUUUAAUUACUUAAUUUAUCUCCAAAAUUUGAGAAAAAAUGGACCUAAUUUUGCUGUUUUUGUCCUCGUUUCGAUCAGCUUUGUUGGUCGCCUCCGCGAGUUGCUCCGCCCCUGUUCGCAGAAAAUAGAAAGGUGGGAUUUUUGGUUGGUCGGAACCCUCGUUUCCGACGCAAAGGUGGGAUUUUGAUCUCGCUGCGACGAUUUUCGUCGAGUUUGUGAUGCGGGUUUUGGUCUAAUUAGGGUUUCGAUCGGCGUUCCGGGGGAAAUUUGAGUGUUUUUGUGGAAUGGUGUUUUGAGGGCGCUCGAUUUUGAUUGAGAAAAUUAGGGAAAAAGGAGUGGGAUUGGGGAAGGGGGAGGGGGGAGAGUUUGUGAAUUGUUCAUCUUAUGGGUUGCAUUUGUUCUAAAGGGAUCGCCACCGAGGAGAAUGUCGAGACCCUGCGAAAGGCCUCCAUCUCGAGCAAAUCGUUGAAGCGAUUCGUUACUCUAUCGAAGAAAGGGGAGGCAAUUGUGCCGAGCUCCGAUGCACCGGUUAUAGUCGAUGGUGGGGGAACACUUAGGGUUAACUCGAAGCCGAAGGAAAAUGGGGUGGUCCUGAUUCCUGUGACCGUCGAUGCGGCGGAGAAGAAAAAGGCGGGGGCGGUGGCGGCAGCGGCCACGGCCGAGAAUAGGGCGAGGAAGCCAGUGGGACAUCAUAGAAGGGCCACCGUCGAUGUCGGUGCCAACGGGACAGAGGAUGACAACGCGAGGGUCGGCGACGCGGAGCCCAAUUUGGGGAUCGGCGGAGUGCCCAACGGGUUCUCGGGGGAGCACGCGAUCGCCGGUUGGCCUUCUUGGCUCACGGCGGUGGCCGGGGAGGCCGUGAAAGGGUGGCUUCCGCGAAGAGCGGAUUCUUUCGAGAAAUUGGACAAGAUUGGGCAAGGAACUUAUAGUAAUGUAUAUAGAGCCCGUGAUCUUGAAACCAGUAAGGUAGUCGCCCUCAAGAAAGUUCGGUUUGUCAAUAUGGAUCCAGAAAGUGUUCGAUUUAUGGCUAGAGAAAUCCAUAUACUGCGGAGACUCGACCACCCGAACGUUAUAAAACUUGAAGGCAUAGUAACAUCUCGGAUGUCGAAUAGUUUGUAUCUUGUCUUCGAAUACAUGGAGCACGAUCUUGCUGGGCUCGCGGCAACUCCAGGUCUUAAGUUCACCGAGCCGCAGGUCAAGUGUUACAUGCAACAACUACUUCGAGGACUCGAUCACUGCCACAGUCGUGGAGUACUACAUCGAGAUAUCAAGGGCUCGAAUCUUUUGAUCGAUAAUAAUGGCAACCUUAGAAUAGCGGACUUUGGCCUCGCGACAUUUUUCAAUCCUGAUCAGAAGCAGCCAUUGACGAGUAGAGUUGUCACGCUGUGGUAUCGACCUCCCGAGCUUUUGUUGGGUGCCACGGAGUAUGGCGUAGCGGUUGAUUUGUGGAGUACGGGUUGCAUCCUCGCAGAAUUGCUUGCUGGAAAGCCAAUCAUGCCAGGACGAACUGAGGUGGAGCAACUCCACAAGAUUUUCAAGCUGUGUGGAUCACCAUCAGAGGAGUAUUGGAAGAAAUCAAAGUUGCCGCAUGCAACUAUUUUCAAACCUCAACACCAAUACAGGCGCUGUUUCGCCGAGACGUUCAAGGAUUUCCCUCCUCCGGCUUUAGCUCUCUUAGAUUCUCUACUUGCAAUCGAACCAGCUGCUCGGGGAACAGCAGCUUCAGCUCUUCAGAGCGAAUUUUUCAGAACAAAGCCGUAUGCAUGUGAUACCUCGAGUUUGCCUAAAUACCCACCAAGCAAGGAGUAUGAUGCGAAGCUUCGCGAUGAAGAAGUUAGAAGGCAAAAGGCGGCAGCUAUUAAUGGCCGGGGAGCUGAAUCUAUAAAGCCGAGGCGAAAAGAAUCUAAAGCAAAUCCAGUUCCCAAUGCCAAUGCAGAGCUUCAGAAGCGACAUGUACAGGCAAAUCCAAAAAGCAGGAGUGUGAAGUAUAGCCCACUGGAGGAUAGCGGAGCCGGGUUCCCCAUCGAGCCCCCCGGACUACCCGCAGCUAUGCACACGGCUCAAUUCGGAUCAACAUGGUAUAAUAAGAAGGGUAAUCACGAUGAUCAUCGCGGAGUUCCGGAGCGCACGUAUAGCUCCGUUAGGGUCGCAAAUGGCCCUCAGCUAAAGACACAACGAUCCUAUAAGCCUCAAGCCGGUGGGACCGACUUGCACAGCUUAUCGGUUUCGGCUGCGGGGAGAAGCACUGCUCACCCGAGAUACAAUCGGCUCGAUAUCGUAGAGUCCUCGGAGAAGCAUGUGCUCGAUCGGCCUGCCUCUUCUCACAAGAAAGAUUUAGGAGUCAAGGACUCGGCAGUGGGUUACGGAGGCAAGAUCAAACGAAUCCAUUACUCGGGGCCAUUGAUGCCCCCGGGAGGGAACGUCGAAGACAUGCUUAAGGAGCAUGAGCGGCAGAUCCAACAGGCUGUGCGCAAAGCUCGCCUAGGCAAAGACAAGACGAACAAGUAGCUUACAUUGAGAAAAGCUGCUUGCAAAAGCACUUUUUUGCAACAAACAGCAUCUACUGAGAAGGGUUUACAGACGCAGAAUCGACUCGCUUAUGUUUACAGCAAAACGGAGAAAAAUGCAGCUGAGUUCUUCGCGGCACGAGAACUAUGUAGAGCACGAAAUGAGGAGAUGAUUUCCGAAAGUAAUUUUUGUGAAUUAUGUAUACCUCUUACAAAGCCUUGUAAAUUAAACCCAUCACUAUGAAUGUAUACCUUGUGAGUUGGCAACUUUUAGUGGAACUGCCGGGAAAAUCGCUUUCUAAGGAAGCUGUUCCGGCAUUUGUUGGAGUGUACGGAUGUGCUGAUGUAAAGAAAGGAAUUGCUUGUCGAGAGGCGUAAAAAAUGCGAAAGUCUCUAUGCAAUUUUAAGAACAACAUAUGCAAGGGAUUUGAGCUUUUAGGGUUCUGAGUGAAUGUAAAUGCUUGUUGUAAAAUGUGUAUUAUUUGGAUUA